CGCCUGUUCCUCAUAUGUCAUCAUGUUCAGCGUGAAGCAAGCUGCUCUGCUCUUCAUUCGGCUGUUACAGACAACCUAUGUAUUUGCAGCGCCGGCUACAGCAGACCACUAUGAUGUGUCGGUGUCCAGAGGAGACCCAGUCGUGCUCACUUGCGAAAUAUUUAAUGAAAAUACAACAGUUCUCAAAUGGACCAAAGACAGAUGGUAUUUUAUACACUCCAUCUCCAAUAAUCAAACUUUUUCUAAUUUCUCCUCUCACAGACUGAGAAUAGACACAAACAAACCUUCUACACUCAGUAUUGAUAAUACUCACCAUGAUGAUGCAGGAUUUUAUUCUUGUCAUAUAUCUGGGAAAAAAGGCCUUUACAACAUGUCAUGGACCGUAACAGUUCUUGAAAAUCAAAACGGAACCAGUUCAUUACAAUAUAUUAUGGUCACAAUACCUUCUGCCUUUGGAUUCCUUUCAUGUUGUUCAGCAUUAACUGUCUGCCUCUGCAGCAGGAGGAAGACGUCCAGAAACCAAACCCCGAACAGCAGAACAUUUACUUCGGUUCAAUACAACAUUCUGAAUGGGAUGAAGGUAGUUCCUUCACUAUUCCAAACUACAGCAAUAUGGAGGAGAACAGACAAGCAGGACGUGGAGGCAGCAGAGACGACCAGAGGAACAAUGAUUACGUCACACCACUCAGGAAACGACUGACCUAAAUACAUGCUCACUUCUUGAUUUGAAGACUUCAUCAAGAAGAAGAUCCAGUUUAAAAGAUGUAACAAUUGUAAUCUUAAACUAGGAAUUAAAACAUGCAGUCUAAUGUGUCUGUAGCAUAUAACCUCUGUUUGCAAAUUAAAUGAUUUAUGAUGUUUCCUCUAAAAUUAC